AUGCAGGAAGGAUUUGGGCUCAUCUUAAGGCAAGUGUACCCACUUAAUCCUGCUCCAGAUAUUAUCAUGUUUCAGUUUUCUUCCCACCAGAAAAACUCCACACUGUACAAAUGGAUAAUACCUGAGGGACUUGUCUUCAACUAUAAAGAUCAAGUGAAGGCGUUUUUGGAACAGCAACAAAGACCAGCGUACGACAAGAGAGCAACAGAGGAAGAAGACCUGGAAGAAGAAGGCAGCGCAUAUGGGUCGGAAAGUUCGGGAAGUAUGGCGGGCAGUAAUCCAGAAGAAGACUCCGAAUCAGAUAAAGAGGCGGUGGCCCCAAAACACCUGAAGGGGUUGUCUUUCUUGGCAUUUGUGCUUGAAGAAGUCAUAGAGGUUUGCACCAGCUGUGGCGGGCUUUACUUCUUUGAGUUUGUCAGUUGCUGCGCCUUCCUCUUGUGUAUUUCAGUCCUUGCCAUAUACUGCACGUCGCUCUAUGAGAGAGUAGGGAAGGACCAAGUCAAGCAAUUGGAUUUCUGGAUCGUUGCAGUAAUUGGGCCCUUCUUCUUAUUAGCUUCAAUUGUGUUUUCUUCAACCAGUGACAGGACAUCAGUUGAAGUCGCUGCCAUUGUGUUUGGAUUCUUUGCCAGCAUAACGUUUAUUGUGGAUGCUGUCAUGAUGUACUGUAAGGGUCCUCAUGCUAGAAAAGAGACACAGCAAGAAAACACAGACAGGCCACUGAAUCCAGCAGAGAAUCAGCCGCUGAAUAACCAGCCAGUCUAAGCUCCAACAUGCCAUUUUAUUGUCCUGGAUCCUAAGUGAAGAUGAAAUAGUUCUGCCCUUUUAAGCUGUGUCCAGGUCGUUAAGAUUUCAUUUCAGUUUUGUAUCUCACCAUCCCAGUCUUCAUGGAGUUUUCAUAUGCUUCCUAAGUGGAAGGCUUGUAAGGAACACUGAAUGUUCAUAAUUGCACCCGUUCAACUUUGUCCUUGUACACCGUUCAUAAAUGUGAUGCGGUAUGGUUGGGUGGGGUGCAGUUUUUGAGAUGGGGUUAUGAAGGAGCCAGGCUUUGCUUUUGCUAAAAAUGUAGAUAAUAGUUACAUGGGUAGGAAAAAAGUAAAUGGGUGCAAUGCCAGAAUAAAAUGUAUUUAACAACAAAAAAAG